AUGCAGUACACUCCUUUCGUUUCGGAUAUCGAACUCCCAUUCUAUACUUCGCUUGCAUCGCAGAAGAUCAACCAUGACAAGCUAGAUGAUUCCGCCAGGAGAGUACAAGGGCUCUAUGAAAUUCGCACAACAGACGCCCCUGCUGCAUCAUGUCGAAUGCAGAUUUUAGGGAACGCGCUCAACAGCGACCACGUCCCACCUGGCUACUACAAAGCCGAGGGCACAAUCAAGAACUUCAACACCGUUGAAGAGUAUAAAAAUGCAGAUAAGAUACAAAUGCUUCAACAAGCUGGGAGAACCAUCUGGGAUGCCAUAGGAGAUAGUUCGAUACUAUCAAAUCCGUCGAUAUUGUCGUCAUUUUUGAUUCUUUCAUUCGCGGACCUGAAGAAAUAUAAGUUUCAAUACUGGUUCGCAUUUCCUGCAAUCACCUCUCAACCACACUGGAUUCCCGUGUCCGGAACCAGCUCAAGUGAUCAAGCUUCCAGCCUGUCAAUUCCUGGCUCUAGGAAUCUCUCCGAAGCUGAAAGCUCGGCUCUUGUUGAUAUAGUUCAGACCUGGAAGACCAAUACUGAUGUACGACAGCAUGGAUUCUUCCUAGCUCGUAAGGGAAAGGGAUCUGGCAGCACCGAUACUCCAAAUUGGAAAAUUUCGCCAUUAGCGGACUAUGAGAAUGGCUUUUUCGAUGGCUCGGAAUCUCAAGAUCAAUACUUUGCUUUCGCCGACCCGUCUAAUUAUCCCAACGCUCCGGGUUGGAUGCUGCGCAACCUUCUGGUGCUUUUACAACGCCGCUGGGGUCUUCAGAAAGCCCAGAUUCUAUUUUAUCGAGACGUUCCAACCAAGCGGGAACUUGGACGGAGUAUAGUAGUUACACUACAAUUAGAUACCACCCUAGAUGCUAAAACUGCCAAAAACCUGGCGUCUAGCGAGAUGCCGAAGAUUACCGGUUGGGAGAGGAAUAGCGCAGGGAAACUUGCUGGACGGAUCUCUGACCUUACAGCAUACAUGGACCCUCGCAGAUUGGCCGAUCAAGCAGUAGAUCUGAAUUUGAAACUGAUCAAAUGGAGGAUCAGCCCUGGCCUCGACCUCGACAAAGUUAAAGCAACGAGCUGUCUCUUACUUGGAGCUGGAACUCUGGGUAGCUACGUUGCACGCAAUUUGAUGGGUUGGGGUGUACGGAAGAUUACUUUUGUGGAUAAUGGAUUGGUGUCCUUUUCCAACCCGGUGAGACAACCGUUAUUUAAUUUCAGUGAUUGCCUAAAUGGUGGGGCAAAGAAAGCCACAAGAGCCGCAGCAGCCUUGAAAGAGAUAUAUCCAGGAGUUGUAUCGGAAGGUCACAUAUUUUCCGUCUUGAUGCCUGGCCAUCCUGUUACCGACGUUACUCAGGCUGCUAAAGAAUUCGAACUCCUUCGCAAAUUGAUCGAGGAACACGAUGCCAUCUUCCUCCUCAUGGACAGCCGGGAGUCUCGUUGGUUGCCGACAGUUAUUGGAAAGUCUCUGGGAAAAAUCGUGAUGAACGCGGCCUUGGGCUUUGACACGUUUGUCGCAAUGAGACACGGAGUGAAGCCCCAAUCGGCUGGUGAAGCGGAGCUUGGAUGUUACUUCUGCAACGAUGUGGUUGCACCGAUAGAUUCCAUGAAAGACCAGACGCUUGAUCAGCAAUGCACAGUUACCCGACCAGGCGUCUCUGCGAUUGCAUCCGCACUUCUUGUAGAGCUCUUCGUGUCCAUUUUGCAACAUCCUGACGGGGCGGCCGCUCCUGCGCCAAUCAUCCAGAAUACUGAACGAGGAGAUCAUCCUCUCGGCCUUGUUCCACACCAAAUCAGGGGCUUUCUCUCCACAUUCUCCAAUAUUCCAAUCACCGGCAAGAGCUAUGAUUGCUGUAGUGCAUGCUCGGACAGAGUUGUGGACGCGUAUAGGAAAGAUGGCUGGGACUUUGUGCAGAAAGCAAUCAACGACAAAGACUAUGUCGAGGAAUUGAGCGGCCUGAGAGAGGUACAGCGAAAAGCUGAGGAGAAUGUCGCCAGGAUCGAAUGGGAUGACGACUCCGAGGGACUUAUUGAAGAUUAA